AUGGGCGUUUCGGAGUCCGAAAUCAUCUCCCAUGACGAGGUCGAAUCGCCGUUGCAAUCCGACCAGCAAGCCACGAACCACUUUUUCUCCUCAUUGGGAAGACAGUCCUCCAUCUACUCUCUCACCCUUGAUGAGUUUCAGCACACCCUCUGCGAGAAUGGCAAGAAUUUUGGCUCCAUGAACAUGGAUGAGUUUCUCACCAGCAUUUGGACCGCGGAAGAAAACCAAGCCAUCAAUUCAAACCACACCAACAUUAACAACAACCAUAACCACCACAACAGCAACAUCAACAACAUUGAUGCGCACAUGCCUUCGGCAGAGGCCUCUGAGGAGAAGGCCGCCGCCAUAGCCAAGCAACCCAGCUUGCCACGCCAAGGCUCGUUGACUCUGCCUGGGCCGCUGUGUCGGAAAACAGUGGAUGAAGUUUGGUCUGAGAUACACAAAGGGCAGCAAGCAAAGCAGCAGAACAGUCACAGCAGCAAUGAUGGUGUUCAGAAUUCCGAGUUUGCCCCUCGCCAGCCUACGUUUGGGGAGAUGACAUUGGAGGAUUUCUUGGUUAAAGCGGGGGUAGUUCGGGAACCAGAUUCUAUGUUGGCGGCUGGGGCCGUGCCGCCGCCUCAGCCCCAACAGCAGCAGCAGCAGUAUGGGAUGUAUCAGAACAGCAACCAGGCAGUGGGGCCAAGUUUUGCUAACAGGCCUGUGAUGGGAAUGGGGGCUGCUGGUACUGCAGGCGCUAGUACUAGUACUGCUGCUGGUAUGCCUAAUUACCAGGUGCCGCCUCCACAGGCGGUUUGUUUUGGAGGGAGAGUGGUGAAUGGGGGUGGUGGGUAUGCAGCAGGGCAGCCAAUUGGGAUGGCAGCUCCUAGGAAGGAAGAGGAUCUUAGAUGGACCGGUGGAAAAGGUGGUGGAGAGGAGGCAGAGAAGGAUGAUUAA